GGGGGGGGUGUUAAGUAUGCGUGACACACUAGAGAUGAGGAAAUCAUAUUCCGGAGGAACGGAAAGAGGCUGCGCCGGUCGCCUCAUUGAUGAAGCCAACGUCGUUGUGAACGGUCAAAACGGGAAGACAUUUCUAGAAGUCGCGUCUAGGACGAUGGCGGCACGCAUGAGGGAGGAGCCGACGAAGCAGCGGUACCAAGCGAACGCUCGAGAGAGAGAUCGCACUCAUAGCGUGAACACGGCUUUCAGCGUCCUGAGAACUCUGAUCCCGACCGAGCCGGCCGACCGGAAGCUGUCGAAAAUAGAGACCUUAAGAUUGGCCAGCAGUUACAUUAGCCAUUUGGACGCCAUGCUCAUCGCGGGUGCCAUAGAUCGACCAUGCACGCGUCUUUUAGAAGGUAGCGGGGUAACUUGCUCGACAAGACCGCAAGUUUGCACCUUUUGCUUGGCCAUGCAUAAAAGAUACAAUUUUGAUAUCUCACAGGAAAUCUCGGACUAUUCAAAUGAAGAGACAAGACCGUAUGUCUACGUGCCAACGAAUGCAACGUGUUUUGAUUGAAAUGUGAAUAAUAUCUAAAAUCUAAAGUCGGUAUUCAUAGUCGAAUUAAUUAUUUGACAAAUAAUCACAGUUUCAUAAGUCUUAUUAUUCGUCAAUGUAUAUUUUAUUUUUACAAGGAUUUAUAAUUGUUAAUUUAUAAAACGCUGAUUUACGAAUUACUUUAACAAUCUCAGAUUGAUGAAGUAAAUUUUAAUCAUUAUUUUUAAAAUUAUUUUUAUCAUUUUCUUUCCUUUUAAUGUACUUCAAUAAAUAUCAUCUAUAAUAAAUUAGAUUAGAUUUUGUACAUAGAUAUUUUUUAAAUAACUACAUCUAAAAGAAAAUGUCUCACAGAAAAGCUGUCAUUAAUUAUGACUUGAUGAAGCUAUGAUUAUUUGAACUAAUAAUUAAAAAUUAAAGAUAAAUAAUAAUAGAUUGUCGUAAAUAAUAACAGAGUUUUCAAACACAGAUUUGUAAAACAGAGAUCUGUGAAAUAUGAAUCUUUUGAUAGAUUAUAUUUUGAUAUAAUCUGUAAUUAAUUACGCUCUCAAUCAAAAAUUAUUUACGAUUAUGAAUAUCGACCUAAAGACCAAUAGUAUAAUAUCUGUAUUUUUUUUGUAAAUAUUUUAUGCGAUUCCUUUUUAAUACAUUUUACGACAUUUAAA